AUGAAUCAGGAGAGCUUCUGUCUGGUCUUCACCAUCAAACAAGAAGUUGACACAGACAUGUAUGAAUCCCUCUCAAGUACAGAAGGACAAGACCCAUCUAAAAAAGAUCACAUACAGGAAAUAAACCCUUUAAAUGUUCCCAUUGUGAUACAAGUUUUUACUCAAAGAAGUACCCUUGUAAGCCAUUUAAAAACACACAGUGGAGAAAAGCCUUUUAAAUGUUCUCAGUGUGAUAAGACAUUUUCUCAAAAGAAUAAUCUUACCUGCCACCUUAGAAUACAUACAGGAAAUAAACCCUUUAAAUGUUCCCAUUGUGAUACAAGUUUUACUCAAAGAAGUACCCUUGUAAGCCAUUUAAAAACACACAGUGGAGAAAAGCCUUUUAAAUGUUCUCAGUGUGAUAAGACAUUUUCUCACAAGAAUAAUCUUACCUGCCACCUUAGAAUACAUACAGGAGAGAAACCCUUUAAAUGUUCCCAUUGUGAUAAGGGUUUUUCUCACCAAAGUACCCUUAGAGGUCAUUUAAGAAUACACAGUGGAGAAAAGCCUUAUACAUGUUCCCAUUGUGAUAAGGCUUUUUCUCAACAAAAUAAUCUUACCUGCCAUGUAAGGACGCAUACAGGAGACAAGCCUCAUCGAUGUCCCUAUUGUGAUAAAGGAUUUCCUCAGAAAAAAGAGCUUAUUAGCCACCUUAGAACACAUACUGGAGAGAAACCCUUUAAAUGUUCCCAUUGUGAUAAGGGAUUUUCUCACAAAAGUAAUCUUACCUAUCAUGUAAGGAUUCAUACAGGAGACAAGCCUUAUCGAUGUCCCUAUUGUGAUAAAGGAUUUCGUCAGAAGACUAAGCUUACUAGCCACCUUAGAACACAUACAGGAGAGAAACCCUUUAAAUGCUCUCAGUGUGAUAAGACAUUUUCUCGUAGAUAUUCCCUGACCUGUCAUUUAAGAACACACAGUGGUGAAAAGCCUUAUAAAUGUUCCCAGUGUGAUAAGACAUUUUCUCGUAGAUAUUCCGUGACCUGUCAUUUAAGAAAACACAGUGGUGAAAAGCCUUAAAAAUGUUCCCAUUGAGAUAAGACAUUUUCUCAAAAGAAUGAGACUAUUAGCCAUCUUAGAACACAUACUGGAGAGAAACCCUUUAAAUGUUCCCAUUGUGAUAAGGAUUUUUCUCACCAAAGUAUUCUUACCUGUCAUGUAAGGAUGCAUACAGGAGA